UUCUUCCCGAUUCUCAUAAUCGCAACUCGUAUGGUGCUGUUGAGUCUCCGGCCCGAGUGUCGUCAUUAGAUUACCUAUGGGAUCCUCCUCUUCGUUCGGUUGCUAAACAGGUUUGGGAUUUACCUACCUAAUUCGCACAUCGACCAUCCUAGCGGGACUCAUUUGGCUUUUGGUGGUAGAUUGCAGUUCGAUUUGAGUCUUCGAAGGUGAUUGUUGUGAGAAGUGAUCAUGAAGGUUUUCAUAGUUGCGUUAUUUUUGAUGUUAUAUUCACUGGAAUCUGCAGUUGAUUGCAGAGUUUUUACAGAUAAUUCACCAAAGGAUUACGACAGUAGAAGUGGACUUGAUGAUUGCCUCGAUCGGUUUUACUCGAACACCAGUUUUGCCCCUCUACCGGGUGUGUACAAUGGCGAUCCAGUCGAGCCAGGAGAAUACAGUGCUUUUGCUGCCAUUGGAUGGACUCGCAAUUCGACGAACGUAGAUUAUCUUUGUGGUGGUACGUUGAUUACGUUGAAAUACGUUCUAACGGCGGCGCACUGCUCGGUCGACGGUAUGCAGAAACGGCCAGAUACUGUUCGACUGGGAGAUGUUGACCUUUUCAGCGAUGAGAACGACGAAAAUGUGCAACAGAUUGCGAUCACACGUUUUAUCAAACACCCAUCGUACAGAGCCUUGCGUUCGUACAACGAUAUAGCUUUGGUUGAGCUACAGGAAGAUAUCAAACCUGGUCCUUUUGUAUGCUCGGCCUGCCUUUGGACGGACAUGAUUCUGAACUUUGACCUGCUAACGGUAAUGGGAUUUGGGUCGACCAAACUUGGAUCUGGUUUGAGCCCCGUACUGAUGAAAGCCGAUCUUCCACCGCUUGACGAUAAUGAAUGUAAAGAUCAAUUUCCGAUAAAUCGGAAAAUUGCGGAGGGAGUCAAGGAAACUCAGUUCUGCGCCGCUUCGCCAAACAAGGAUGCAUGUCCGGGAGAUUCAGGUGGGCCAAUACUGAUAGACCUGGUUGACCCAUCUCCGAGUGGACUGCAGAAAAAAGUACCAUUCGUUACAGGAGUAAUAUCCAUUGGAACAGGAUGUAAUGAGGGAUCCAUCGGAUUGUACACUCGCGUAGCAUCGUACGUCGACUGGAUCCAGAACGUUACGGAUGUCAAUUUUGAACCUAAGAAUUGUGCUCGCAACACCGAGUGCGUGCCAUUUUACAAAAAUGUCAAAAGUUCAGUUCAACGACCCAACUUUACGCCCAACUUCCAUGUCGACCUGUUGAACGACAAGAGUAAAGAACCCAUCUGCGGAGGAGCCCUAAUCGACUACAGACAUGUCAUCACUUCAGCUGACUGCGUCAUGGAACCAUACAAACCUACGUUUGUACUGUUCAACGGCGAGCGUGCCAAUAUCACGGACAUCACCAUCCACCCUGAGUCACAGAAGCAACAGAACAACUUGGCCAUUCUCGGCUUAGAUCAGUAUUACGACCACGAAGGGGAAGACUUCAAAACUUCCGGGCCCGUGUGUUUGCUAAAAAAGUCCAACGCCACCAAUUUCCAAAUCCUGGUAUCCGCCAUCGAUCCGGAAAACCAGCGGCGACUGAUUGUGAAAGCUGUGGGGUCACCGGAGGAAAACUGCACGGAAGGGUUUAUCUGCACUGAAAACGGGGAGAAUUUGCUACCGGACACGUGCGCCUUUCAGCCAGGCGGUUCCAUUGCCAGUCACAUUCAGGUUGGAGAAAACUUCAACGUCCCGCUACUGCAUGGUAUCAAUACGAAUGGACCCACCUGCGGAGGCCGAGAUCUUCAGUUUAAGGCAGUUUCAGCUGCUCAGCAUUACGGAUGGAUCGAGUCGGUAGUGCUGAAACAUGUCGUUGACGGUCUGAAAAAGGAUGAAACUUUUCAGCAACACGAAUACUUCCGGAACGAUACAUGUCUUCAGCAAUCCGGAGAAGGUUUGGGACGAUGCGUGCCCGCCGAGCAAUGUCAUGAGUUAUUGAUGGAGCACCGGAAAGGACUGACAAAAGUUAAGACCUGUUGUUUCGAGGACAAUGUGCCCAUCAUUUGCUGCCCGAACGCUUAUUUGUGAUUUUUUAAUAGAGCUUGGACAUAUCUUGCAGUUGAGAUGAAAUUCGAAAAUCGAAAAUAUAUAAGUAUUUUGGUACUAGA